UUAUAGAGAAGUUAAUGAUACAAGUAAUCGCAAUAAACUUUUUUCAUAUGUAUUUAUUUUUCAUUCAUAAUAAUUAGAAAUGCUUUAAUCUAAAUAAGAUAUUAUGUUUUUUUUUCCAUAUAGAAUAAGAAAAAUGAAGACAAUAGUGAGUACAGAGAAUUACUGAUGGAAAAUAAAGAGUUAAGAGACAAGAUAGUUGAUAAAGAAAUAAUCAUACAACGGUUGUCUGAUGAAGUGAAAGAGUUAAAGAUAAACCGCGAUUGGGAAGCUACAUCAUGUGAAAUAAUCAAGGACAUGCAAGUAAAUUCUGACAUACCAUAAGUUUCUAAUCCCUUUCAUGCGAAUAUGAAGAUAAAAGAGAAUUUUUUUACAAAUCAAAACUCUUUAGUGAAGCGUGUCAAAGCGCAAGGUAGGAAGAGGAUUCCUUCAAAAGUCUUACAAUCUCUAUACACUGAAAUUCUAUGUAAAACCAAAGGUAAAAGUAUAUGUGAAACUCUUGGAAUCCAAUCACAUAUAGAAAAGAGUGGUGAAUAUAUGUUAUCCGAAGAAGAGAUGAAUGCAAUUACGACUCUUAAAGCUCAGAAUAAAAUCAAGGAUGAAACAUUUGGCCCACUUUGUGUCGAAAGGAGAUCCUUAGAGUCAUUGUUGAAUCCAAUGAAAUUGGUAAAUGAUGAGGUUAUAUCCAAGUAUACUGAAUUGAUGGCUAUUCGAGAAAAUAUUGGUGGGCAUAAUUUGUUAAAAUGUCACUUCUUCAACGCAUGGUUUCAUAAAUUUGUGUGUACAACGAGAAUUAUAGCGAAAGGAAACAAGAAAAUUGAAGAUAUAUAUUAUGAUGGUAAUGAUGUAAAAAUUAAAUGUAUUAUAAGGAAGAUUCCUUACGAUCUAAAGAGUAAAGAAAAAAUUAUGAUCCCAUUGAAUGAAAUGUCCCAUUGGUACUUGCUUGUCAUUGACUUAAAGAGAAAAAUAUUUUCAAUUUACAACUCUCUCAAAGGUCACCAAACAUCAACCUACAUCAAUACGAUGGUUUCACGUUUGAAGAUCCAUUUAUUAAAAAAUUGUGAAAUAGAAUGUGAUGGAUUUACUGUCUCUAUAGGCCAAGAAUGCCCCCAGCAACCAAAUUCGGUUGAUUGUGGUGUCUACUUAAUGAAAUUUAUGGAAUGUCUUUCCCGUGGAGAUAUAUUUGAUUUCAACUCAGGGCCAAUGAAUUUUGAACGAAAAAAGUUGGUUGCACAACUGAUGCUGGGCAAAAUGAUUACACCACAGUAA